AUGGAACGGCAGGAUUACCCCUCCUACUGUUACCCUGCCACUGCCAUCGACACGAACGACGACAGCGACAUGCUACUGCAGCUUGAAGCCUUCCUCCUCGGCACCGAUGCCGAGCCCGCGCCCGCCGCCGAGGUGGUGUCCUUCGACUGGUCGUCUUCCGCCCCAACUUGCCCAGAAGUGGGAGCGGUAACGAAAACCACCGCGAACACUGGCGACAAUCAGCUUCGGGUCCCGGGUACGGAUGCCUCCCGCCGCUGCAAGAAGCGGCAGGCCUUGAUCGGGGUACGCAAGCGGCCGUGGGGCAAGUUCGCGGCCGAGAUCCGCGACUCCACGCGCAAGGGCGCCCGCGUGUGGCUCGGCACCUUCGACACCCCCGAGGCGGCCGCGCUGGCCUACGACCAGGCCGCCUUCUCCGCGCGCGGCGCCGCCGCCGUCCUCAACUUCCCCGUCGAGCGCGUGAUGGAGUCGCUCGGGGCGCUCCAGCUCCAGCUCCCCAGCACAGGAGGUGGUUCACCUGUCCUCGCGCUCAAGCGGCGGCACUCCAAGCGGACGCGAAGGCGCAAGGUCGUCGUCUCACCUGUCAUCGACGUCAGCAAUAGUACUACUACCAAGGCACGGUUGCAGCAGCCGGUGCUGCAGCAAUGCUCCGACGCGUCCAGCUCCAGUAUGGCUGUGGCUAGUGUGCAGCUGCAGCAGACGGUGGUGCCCAGCCAGUGCCACUGCGGCGUUGUCGAGCUGGAGGACGUUGGGGACGAUUACAUGCAGGAGCUCCUCCGGAUAUCAUCCGAGUUGGAUCUCUACCACAUAUAA